AUGGCUGCCUCCACUCUUAAAAUCACAGACCCAAAAUCACCAUUUUACCUUCAUCCCUCUGAUCACCCUGGGGUUAUUCUCACUACUGUCCUUCUACGUGGCCAAUCCAAUUAUGAAAACUGGUCCAAACUCAUGAGCAACGCCUUGAAAGCCAAAAAUAAGCUUGGCUUUGUUGAUAACAGCGUUACGCAACCCUCUGAUGCUUCCUCUGAUGAAGCUCAUGCUUGGUCCCUGUGCAACUCCAUGAUUAAUAGCUGGAUUCACAAUACCAUCGAUCCUCAGAUGCAGCCAUUCAUCAAAUGUUUCGACACUGCGAAGAAUCUAUGGGAUGAUCUAAAGGAAUGUUUUGCUCAAAAUGGCGUCCCUGUUACUGACUAUUACACUCAACUUCGUUCAAUUUGGGAUGAAUUGGAAUCAAGCCGCAAGCUUAUUGCAUGUGCAUCUGGUGAUACGUGUGCCUUUACCAAAUCUGUCACUGCUGAACUUGAACAUGAUCGAGUUUAUCAAUUCCUUAUCGGACUUGAUCAUCAUAUAUAUGGUACUCUCAUUACUCAAAUUCUCAACAGCAAUCCUCUCCCCACUAUCAAUCGUGUUUUUGCUAUGGUAAUUCAAGAAGAAUCCCAUAAAGCUAUGGUUCGGACUGCUGAAAUUCCAUAUGAUGCUCUCGGCUGUGCUCUUCACACUGCACCACUGGAUCCUUCCAAGGCCCGCAUCAUAUGUUCUCACUGUGGACGUCCCAAUCAUGACGCUUCCCGGUGUUACAAACUUCAUGGUUACCCUGAUCGCAUGACUGCUGGAAGAGGACGUGGUCGCGGCCGCUCCAACCCAGGACGUUCUGCCCAUGCUUCUGCUCAUGCCACUUACUCGGAUGCAUUACCUCCUCCUACUGGUGUCCCAAAACCAUUGUCUGCUACUGAUCUUACUCCUGAUAUGGUUCAACAAUUAAUGUCUCUUGCUGUCUCAUCUAAAGCAACAACUGACAAAUUAUCGGGUAUUGUUUCCUUCCCACAUCCUUGGCUUCUGGACAGUGGGGCUUCACAACAUAUGACUGGCACACUCUCCUUCCUCACUAAUAUCCGAGUUAUUCCUCCGUGCUCAGUCGGUUUACCCAAUGGAACCCGUACCGCUGCGGUCCAAUGUGGGGAUGUGCAACUCACAUCUACGUUGCUUCUUACCAACGACCUACAGACGAGGAGGACGAUUGGCAAGGGUGUUGAACAUGAAAGGGUGUAUGUGUUUCAUCAAGCGUUUUCUGCAAAUAAGGUCUCUGGUGAAACUUCAUCUACUCUGUGGCAUCGACGCUUGGGACAUCCUUCACAGCAUUAUUGA